AGGACGUCGCGGCAACCUCUGCAGUUCAGGGCGUGGGGGCGUCUGGGCCGCCAGCUGGGACGCCGCCCGGCUCCUUCGGCCCGACGCCGCCGGGAUCCUUCGGCGACUAUGGCCCGACGCCGCGCGGGCCCUUCGGCGGGGCUUAUGGCCCGACGCCCGGGGCUUCCGCGGGGUCACCCUCGGCCCAGGAUGCGGGGGCAGUGGGGCUGCCGCUGGGGACGAUGCCGCCAGACGGGUGCCCAGCGACCGCGGAGGAGAAGGCAGCCCAGGAAUUCGUUUGCGCGGCAUCGCUGGGGCCGCCGCCGACGGGGUCCUUCGGUCAGUCGCCGCCGGGGCCCUACUUCGGGCCGCCGCUCGGGUCCUUCGACUCGUCGGGGCUGCCGCUGGGGACGUUGCCGCCAGACGGCUGCCCCGCGACCGCGCACGAGAGGGCAGCGCUGAACUUCGUCGGCUACCAGCAGGCGGCGGCCAGCCAGGCCAGCUGGGCUGCGGCGGCGACCCGCGAUCGCAGGUCCGCCGACUGCUCCGCGCGCACCCCUGGCAUCGGUCCGCAGAAGGUGGACAUGGAGAGCCCCCCUGCUUCCUUCGGGUUCGAGGACGGCGCUGGUCCGACCGCCAUUCCGGAGGACCCCGACACGGCAAAGGCGCUGGACGAGCCCAUGAAAGUGACAGUGAAGAACUUGUCUAUUCACGUUGAAGAGCCUGGACCACCUCCGGGACUACAUCCAGGGCCACCAACGAUGUCUUUCCCAGUAGACCUUGAGCGGUCUACUCUCUUCCCGUCGGACCUUGAAAAGGAGAAAAGACAUCUCCACGACAUAAGGGAGUGUCAGCCUUGCGCCUACUUCCACCAGAAGCAGGACAAGUGCCGCAAGGGCUUCGAGUGUGACUUCUGCCACUUCUGCGAGAAGGGCGAGCUGAAGAAGAGGAAGCGGCAGAAGGCCAAGGAGCUGAAGGCGGGCUCGAGGCCGGCCGAGAAAGCCGCGGGGGCCGCAGAGGAAGCAGGCGACGGCUGAGCGGAGGCGGCGACGCCACCGACCUGCUGACGCGCUCCGUGGGCCAGGACGGCUGGCCCGAGGGGAAGCUCGCUGGCGUUUGUUGGCGCGCGCAGCGAUGCCCCCUGCCGCCAGAGGAGAGGGCCUCUCGGGCGGGGCCAGCCUUCGGCCUCCGUUCGGGAUCGCUCAGCCCCCCCCCCCGGAGCUCUCGCGCCGGGCCCAGGCGAGGCUCCGAAGCCUGCGAAGGGCCCCUCGGGGGACGCCGCCCUGGCGCACCCUUCGGCCGCCUCGGUGCCCGGGCCUUGCGCGAAGAUCGCUGGACCGCCGCCUGGACACUGCGCGCGCCCCGGCGCAGUUCGCGCGCGAGGCGGAAA